GACUGGGGGCAUCCGAAUACAACCCGGGUAUCGCGCCGACGGAACACAUUCUAAGUAUUGGACACGCUCACACACAAGCUUAGUACUCACAAAUUUCAUUCCUCUUCGCAACUUUGUGUAUCAGAAGGCUUCAUUUUCUUUUGCAAUUCACCGUAAAAGAAAAGAUUGAAUUGGUGUGACAAAGACUAAGGUGCAUGAUAUUGCUAUGCGAUGUUGCUAUGCUAUGUGAUGAUGGAGGAAUUGCCAGGGUCGUUUGGCACUAGCGCUAGCUUCGCUCUCCGUUUGGGUCAAACCGUUUUUUCCUCUGCUUCCCUUCUCUUCAUGUGCUUGGACGUUGGUUUCUACUCCUACACUGCUUUUUGCUAUUUGGUAACAGUCAUGGGUUUGGUAAUUCCAUGGAGCAUAACAUUGUUAGUGGUAGAUGCUUACUCUGUCUUCAUCCAAUAUUUACCGGUUCAACGAAGGCUCGUGAUGAUAAUCUUGUUUGGAGACAUGGUUUUGUCAUAUCUAUCACUUGCUGCAGCAUGUUCUACAGCCGGUAUCAUAGAUCUUCUGCUUGAAGCUGGUGGAUCCCAUUGCCCCCCAAAGUUAUGUGGUAGAUAUCAAUUGUCUGCUGCUAUGGCCUUCUUGUCUUGGUUUCUCUCAUCUGCUUCCUUUCUUUUUAAUUUUUGGCUUUUCCCUUCUCUGUAAUAUACAUGCCUCACUGUUGAUAUGUACAUACAUGAAUGGAAAGGGUGCUGCAAAUGACUAAGUCAUUUGCUCUCAGGCGCAUAUAUUUUUGUGUUUCCUUGUGAGUAAAGUUUUGAUGAUUAAAAUCAACAGGGUAAUAGUUGCUCUUUCAAUGCAAGGGAAAUAAGGAAGUUCUAUUUCCUUGAUGCUCAAUUGGUUUCAUAAACUACGACAUUUGGCAGAUAUUUGUUUUCCUGCAAGUUUUGAUGCAUGAAACUAAGUUGUUGAGACUUGACCCUGGUUAGGAAAAUUGGUUGCAACUCCUUGGAUGAUUUAUAUGACAUUACACUAUAGCAUGACUUAGACUAAUGGAUGCCUUCAAUUGAUUAGCAUAACACCUAUAAUCAUGGUAUAGGUGUAACUUAUUUGCCACUUUCCAUUUUUGGGUUGAGAAUUCAACUGCCGGAAGAGAUCUUUUUCCUUUGACUGCU